CGGGGGACACGACUAGCUCGGCUUCUUUCGUUUUUUUCUUCCCUCACGUCUUCCUCGACAAAGACGCGCCCGUUUUCGCAUUCGACCGUUGGAUUUGACAAGCUCUCUUUUUUACAAUGGGUAAAUUGACUAGCACGAUCGGAAUUCCGAUCAAGCUUCUUAAUGAGGCACAGGGUCACGUUGUGACGCUGGAGAUUACUUCUGGAGUUGUGUACCGUGGAAAGCUGCUUGAGGCCGAGGACAACAUGAACGUUCAGCUCAAGGAUAUCACAGUCACUGCUCGUGACGGUCGCGUGUCGCACUUGGAUCAGGUUUACAUUCGCGGAAGCCAUGUGAGGUUCUUUAUUGUGCCAGAUAUGUUGAGAAACGCCCCCAUGUUCCGUUCGCGAGGCCAGCGCGGCCGCGGUGUCGGUUUGGCUCGUGGUAAGGCCACGGUGCAAAGAGCUCGGGGACAGAGAAGAGGGUGAAUUCACACACAUACUCAUCAACAUAUACUUUGGUCGGCGUUUUUAAUAAUGAUAUUAUUGGGACCGAAAAAUUCGUCUUUCAUCUUCUCUUCUCUUCUCUUUACAUUAUAUGAGGGAUCGUCUAUACCCGCCUUCUGUCCGUCUUACAAUUUUACAGUCUUGUCGGAUUUUAUGGCAUUGAUACAUGUGGGAAGACUGGGUGGCUAGCGCCGUAUGGGGGAUGAUGGCUACAAUAUGAGGAUAGGAUGGUAAAUACUGUUCUUUGCCGGAGAUGUGGUUACAGUGUCAGGUUAGGUUGAUAUUGUCUCGAGCAGAUGAGAUGGCUCAAUAUGAUUAUGGGUCCAGU